UAUUCAAAUUCACAAUUUGGCAGCAUUGUUUCUGAACAAAGUUUUAAAAAUGUCCUCCACGUCCGGCGACAACGAUAUCAACAUAGUGCAAUUAUUGGACGAUUGUCGGGUCGCGGAUGAAACUGUUCGCGAAGAUGAGAGCGAUUCGAACGAUGCGAUCAUGUGUCUGCUGUUCAGGAACGCGAGGAUGUCCGCCGCUUACUACAGGAUCAGCGAUAAGAUUCUGUAUUUCGUGGAGGAGUUGAUCGAUUUUCAACCGCACUACUCUCACGCCUCCGCGAUCCUGCGUGAGGUGAGACCGGUCCACGUGCUGACGCUCGGAUCGCCCUGCGAUCAUUUCGUAAAGACUCUGGUGGAUAUGAUGGCCGAGCAGAAGGGGGAGGCUUCCUCCAAUACAUCGUCAUCCCCGUCGCACCGCUCCUACGACCUGAAAACGAUGCCCGACAAUCUGAGCCUGCUGCCAUCCAAAGAAUACUCGCACGUAUUGUGCGAACACCGGGUGAAGGCGCUGCACACCAGGUCGGAGGCGGAGGGACUCUCGUACGAGGAGCACCAGCUUCACCUCCAGUCGCAGUCGAUCAACUUUCAGAUGAAGCUGACGGUGCACGCGCUCGGUGCCCUCGUCAAGUUCGUGGAGAAGCAUUGGCACCAGCUGAAAGGUGACGUCGCCGGUGAUUUAGUCUUUUACCAUCUGAAACGAUCCACGAUAUCGGAUCACGUGCUGAUCGACGAGAUGACGUUCAAUGCGCUGCAAGUGUUCAGGACGUUGAACCACGACGCCAGCUUCAAGCGCGGAUCGAAUUCGACGUCGCGCGAAGGAGCGAGCCUCUUCAAACUGCUCUCCCAGCAUUGCAGAUCGAGUCUGGGAUACGUGAAGCUUAGAAAUCUGAUGGCCACACCGACGAAUAACGUGCGCGAAUUGAAGAAACGAUUGGAUUUUAUAGAUUUCGCGCGAUGUCCGUCCAGAGCAGCAUUUAUCGACGCCCUCUCCGAAGUCAUCAAGAACGUGUCGAACCUUAACUCCAUCUUUACAAAGAUUCAACACUCCAGAGGAACGAAGCGCGAUUGGAAAUUGCUCUACACGACGAUUUACAACGUGCUGUUUCUGAACGAGUUCUGCGCGACGCACAAAGAUGAGGUGGAGAUCUUCUCGGAACUGAACGAGAAGGUAUCCGCAUCGCUGUACGGCCUCGAACGGAGCAUCUACAGCACGCUGGACUUUAAGUUGCAAGCCUCGAAGAACAAUCGACCGGCGAUCAAGGCGGGCCUGGACGUCGAUUUAGAUGAGAAGAAGAUGAUCAAAGAGGAUAUCUUCAAGAGGGUCACAGUUGCUGCCAACAUCGUCGUCGAUCAGCUGCCUGCUUUUCUGAAGGAGUGCGUCGUUUGCUUCAUCCCGGACAUGGGGCACGUCGUCGCCGUCAAGAAAUGGGAUCAGAAUUGCGAUCCGCGAUCCAUGCACGAAUUCGGUUUUCAGUACAUGUUCGAAUUGAACGACAACUACCAUUACAAGAACGCCCUAUGCCAAGAAUUGGACAAGCAGUUGGGCAAUGUAAUAACCGAUAUUCUGGAGCACGAGCACAGGAUCAUCGAGAGACUGGCGGAUUUCGUGCUGCGCUUCAACAAUCACAUCCGGGAACCUCUCGAUGUCAUCGCUCUCAUAGAUUGUUUGAUAUCGAUGGCGAAGGUUUCGUUUGAGAAGGGCUACGUGCGACCGCGCUUCAACGAUUCCAACGUGAUCGAAAUCGUCGGCGGCAGACAUCCUCUGCUGGAGUUGACGGACAGCAAUUACGUGAAAAACGAUUACGCGUCCGGCGGUGCAAGCAAACCAAUGAAGAUCAUCACCGGGCCGAAUUCCAGCGGUAAAACGAUCUUCUUGAAGCAAACCGCGCUGCUCGUCUACCUGGCGCACAUCGGAUGCAAUCUGCCCGCCUCCGAUGCGAACGUCGCGAUCCUGCACAGCAUACACUCGAGGAUGCACGCAACCGAAUCGGCGCUCCUCAACCUCUCAGCCUUCGCCAUAGAUCUGACCCAGAUGGCUCGAGCGUUGCAGAACGCGAAGCGCAACUCGCUGGUGAUGAUGGACGAGUUCGGGCGUGGAACUACAGGCACCGAGGGUCUGGCUUUGCUGCUGGGAGCGCUCAGGAAGUUCCUGGGACAGGGCUCCUACUGUCCGCACGUGGUGGUCUCCACGCAUCUGGAGUGUCCGGAAGAACUGUUGGAUGGCAGUAUGAUCGAUUAUCUGACGCUGGAACACACCAGGGACCCGAACGACGACAGGAUCGUCUUCCUCUACAGAGUGAUCGAAGGAAAGGCACCCAGCUACGGACUGCAGAUCGCCUCGUCCGUCCAACUGGAUGCGGAUAUCGUGCGACGGGCUCAAGACUUUUUGCACGAUUUCGAGUCCAUCUGUCCGCAGCCGUCCGGCAUUCCCGAAGGCUACGACGAGGAAUCAUGUUCGACAUCCGACUUGUUCCUCAGAACCAUCAAAAUUCCGGACCUGAGCGACUGAGAUCUGCAUCGAAUAUUUUUCCAAUU